AGUUCAGAGCUGGACUCCUUAGAAAGAAAUAACUCAGCCCACUCCAUAGUUUCUCUGGACUCUGAAAAUGCAUCAAUUUCUUUAUAUUCUGCUAGCAGCCAGUACAUCAUGCAUGGCUCAUUACAGAGGUUACGAGAGCCGUAAUCUCAUCGAGAGAGAAGAACCCCACUCUGUAGAUGGAACUUUAGUAGAAUGUCCUGUUUGCGAAAGCAGUCUAUCGUGGUUACCUAAUCAUGAAGAAUGUAACAUCGUAAAAGGAGAAAAAAGAUACAAGAAGUGCGAGAGAGGAACCUAUAUCAAUGAAGUAUGCGGAGGCCGCCGGGAUUGCUACCGAGGCCCGGGUGAACAUUGUACGGAAAAAAUGGACUACGAUAUGUAUGGACAGAAGUGCGCCCAUGGCUAUUACUGCGACAACAACUUCAACGUUUGUACUGGACUGGGCUUCGCCGUUGACAGCCACGUGCGUUGGAUCCUGAACCACCCUUACCGCUAUCCCCUGCGAUCGCAAAACGACGAAGAUUCUCUGAACCCGAAACCUCUAAUGCUACUCGCCUAAAAUACCCCUGAAUUGAAACGAAAUGUUACCAAUUAUGCUGAAAUUUUUCGAAUAUAAUUCAAAAUUGUAUUAUAAAUAAAUGACAUUGAAUGUCCAUCUCAAAUGUAUUUUUAUUGAAUAUCCAAAAUUUAUCUAGUUUGAUACUUUCAUAAAGGCUACUAUUGAUUGACUGUAAUCUUACACGUAUUAUUUAUCUAUUUUUCAAGUACGAAUAUGCUUUAGUUAUUA